GACAGCUCGGUCGGAGGGAUGUUAGACUUUUUUCCCCCCUCAGCUUUGGCCCCCUCUGACUUGACAGGACUCUGCGUGACGCGACUGAAACAAGGGGGCCACACUUGAGCUCGCAGACGCAGCGGUGCGGGACAGUUCAGAAGAGCAGAGAGGAGAGGAGCAGUGCGGGGAGAUAGACGGAGCUCACCCGUCAACCAGCUGGAGGAACCCACACUUACAAACCCCCUUAUGGCUGCUUAAGACAUACCGAUACACCCCCCCUCCCCCUUUUUCUCUCUUUCUCUGGGACUUCUUUGGGCUUCUACUUUUUUUUUGUCGUGACGAGAAGUUGUUGCAAGUCUAAUUAAGUUGCUCCUAGUUGAAGUGAAUCCACUUGCUGUGGACGGCGCAGGCGGUCAUGGAUACCCAUAUAAGAUGGAAAGAUAAACGGAGAAUAAGGGACGCCCAGAUCACUUUAGCGGUGAUUCUGCUUUUUGUCACGUCGCAUGCAAGUUCAGCGGAACCAGCAGACCUCUUGAAGAUUUUAGAUUUUCACAAUUUACCUGAGGGUGUUACAAAAACAACGGGUUUCUGCUCACAUAGGAGGUCGACACAAGGACCCGAUGUGGCGUACAGAGUAUCCAAAGAUGCCCAGCUUAGUGCACCCACCAAACAGCUUUACCCAGGUGAUGCAUUUCCAGAGGAUUUCUCCAUCCUGGCAACAGUAAAGCCCAAGAAGGGCAGCCAGUCCUUCCUGUUGUCCGUGUACAAUGAACAGGGCAUCCACCAGCUCGGACUGGAAGUGGGACGAUCCCCCGUUUUCCUCUACGAGGACCAAACAGGCAAGCCCAGUCCAGAGGACUACCCGCUCUUCAGAGGAAUCAACCUGGCUGACGGAAAGUGGCAUCGAGUGGCCAUCAGUGUGCACAAACAGACCAUCACCCUUAUUCUGGACUGUAAAAAGAAGACCACCCAGAAGCUGCUCCGAAGCCCCCACCCCAUCAUUGAUACCAAAGGAAUUAUAGUGUUUGGAACUAGAAUACUUGAUGAAGAAGUCUUCGAGGGAGACAUCCAGCAGCUAAUGAUUGUAGCAGACCACCGGGCUGCCUAUGACUACUGUGAGCACUACAGCCCCGACUGUGAAGUGCCAGUGCCCGACCGGCCGCAGAACCAGGACCCCAAUACAGACGAUGAUGUAGCGGAGGAGGACAACUACUACUACGAAUAUCCUUAUUAUGAUGACCUUGAAGGCAAGCCCUAUGAAUCAACUUCUGAAACAGAGACCACCAUAAAAGAAGUCAAGGCGACUGAAGGAGGCAGUGUGGUGUCCACAUUGGACAAAGUUGUCAGCGGUGGUGCUGGCUCCACGUCUGUUUCCACAAGCUCGGCUUCAUCAAGCUCAUCAUCUGGCAGCUCAGCCACCGGCACCGGAGGGGAAGACUCCUACGGCGACGGGAACACAGCUUACGAUUACGACGGUUAUGGGGACACCAACUACUACUACGGUGAGACUACCGCUGCACCCGACAGCGACACCUCUAGCCGCAUCACCGUCACCAGCAUUGGCACCGGGGGCAAGCUGGAUCUGGGAGCAGCAGGAAGGAUUGAUCUGGAAGGUGGGGCUGGAGUGGACAGGAAGGUGAUCACCAGAGGUGGAGGAUCUACAAUAGCAAUCACCCAAAAUGCAACAUCAAUUGGAGCAUCCUACAAUGACUACAGCGAUGGCUAUGAUUAUGGAGUCGACAACUACUACACAACUGGAGAUGGUGGAGGCAGCAGCAGCAGUACUGUUGUAGUUGGUGGUGGUGGUGGUGGAGAAGGAAGCAGCAGCAGUGGCACAGUUUUAGUCGGAGGUGGCGACAGCAGCAGCAGCAGUACUGUUGUAGUUGGUGGUGGUGGAGGCAGCAGUAGCAGCUCUACCAUCACCAUCAGCGGUGGGUCGACUGGAGGAGGAUCUGUGUCUGUCAGUGGUGCUUCUGUAUCCGGGGGGAGCUCGGCCUCCGCUGGCACUGGCACUGGCACUGGCACUGGCGCUGGCGCUGGCGGGGCCACUAAAACCGACCUGACCAUUGAUGGAGUUGAUGACUACACAGAUCUUGAAAAGUUCAAAGAGGAGGACAUCACCGACUAUGGAGACAACUAUGAUGCAUAUGGAGAUUACUCUGACAAAGUGCUGCCUGCUGAGACUGACGAGUAUUAUGGGCAGGUUGACGGAGCCCGUGGUGAGAAAGGACAGAAGGGAGAGCCUGCUGUUAUUGAGCCUGGUAUGCUAAUGGAGGGUCCGCCUGGGCCUGAGGGGCCAACGGGUCUCCCUGGACCCCCAGGAUCAUCCGGCCCACCGGGCAGUCCUGGAGAUCCUGGAGAGAUGGGUCCUCCGGGUCGCUCUGGUCUACCUGGUGCUGAUGGUCUGCCAGGACCCCCUGGAACUGUCCUGAUGCUGCCUUUCAGAUUAAGCGCUGGAGGGGACUCUGGCCAGAAGGGACCAGCUGUUUCAGCACAGGAGGCCCAGAUGCAAGCCAUCAUGCAGCAGGCUAGGCUGGCUAUGCGCGGCCCAACAGGUCCAAUGGGUUUGACUGGCAGAACUGGCCCUCUGGGUCCACCAGGUGCAUCAGGACUGAAGGGAGAAUCUGGAGAGGCAGGACCUCAGGGAUCACGUGGACCAGUGGGAUCAGCUGGACCCCCUGGAAAGCCUGGCAGAAGGGGUCGUUCUGGAGCAGAUGGUGCCAGAGGAAUGCCAGGACAGACUGGACCUAAGGGAGACAGAGGAUUUGACGGCCUAGCUGGACUUCCUGGUGAAAAAGGACACAGAGGAGAAUCAGGCCCCUCAGGACCUCCUGGUGCUCCUGGCGAAGAUGGAGAGAGGGGGGAUGAUGGAGAGAUCGGACCCAGGGGACUCCCUGGUGAACCAGGACCUCGUGGUUUGCUGGGACCAAAAGGACCUCAAGGACCUCCUGGACCACCUGGAGUUGCUGGAAUGGAUGGCCACCCUGGACCCAAAGGAAAUAUAGGACCUCAGGGAGAGCCAGGCCCCCCCGGACAGCAAGGCAACCCCGGUGCUCAGGGACUCCCAGGGCCGCAAGGAGCCAUUGGACCUCCAGGAGAGAAGGGUCCAACUGGAAAGCCCGGAUUGUCAGGGAUGCCGGGAGCUGAUGGCCCUCCGGGUCACCCAGGAAAAGAGGGUCCCAAUGGGGAGAAAGGACACUUGGGCCCUGCCGGACCUCAAGGCCCCAUUGGUUAUCCUGGGCCCCGAGGUGUAAAGGGAGCUGAUGGUGUCCGUGGCCUCAAGGGAACCAAGGGUGAAAAGGGGGAGGACGGCUUCACUGGCUUUAAGGGAGAUAUGGGCAUAAAGGGUGACAGGGGAGAACUUGGACCAGCAGGACCUAGAGGAGAAGACGGUCCGGAGGGGCCAAAGGGUCGCUCAGGGCUCCCUGGAGAUCCUGGUCCACUUGGCUCCACUGGUGAGAAGGGUAAACUUGGAGUUCCUGGAUUGCCAGGCUACCCAGGAAGACAAGGACCAAAGGGAUCUCAGGGCUUCCAAGGCUUCCCUGGCGCCAACGGAGAGAAGGGCUCUCGGGGAACAGGAGGAAAACCAGGCCCACGCGGACAGAGAGGACCAACGGGGCCGAGAGGAGAGAGAGGGGCGAGAGGACCGACGGGGAAAGCUGGACCAAAAGGUAACUCAGGAAAUGACGGCCCACCGGGACCUCCUGGUGAGAGGGGUUUGCCAGGGCCUCAGGGACCAACAGGUUUUCCAGGACCAAAGGGCCCUCCUGGACCCGCAGGGAAAGACGGACUGCCUGGACAUCCUGGACAGAGAGGAGAGACUGGAUUCCAAGGCAAGACAGGCCCUCCUGGUCCUCCAGGUGUGGUUGGACCUCAGGGGCCAACAGGUGAGACUGGGCCAAUGGGAGAUCGGGGUCAUCCUGGACCCCCAGGCCCACCUGGUGAACACGGUUUGCCUGGAGCUGCAGGAAAAGAAGGAGCCAAGGGUGACCCUGGUCCUGCGGGCCCAACGGGUAAGGAUGGUCCUCCUGGGCAAAGAGGUUUCCCUGGAGAGAGAGGUCUGCCAGGCCCUGUAGGGGCUCACGGUCUGAAAGGGAAUGAGGGUCCUCAAGGCCCACCUGGCCCUGCAGGUUCUCCUGGUGAGCGGGGUGCGGCUGGCCCAGCUGGACCUACAGGUCCACCUGGACGUUCUGGGCCACAAGGACCUCCAGGCCCUGCUGGAGAGAAAGGUGGACCGGGAGAAAAAGGACCUCAGGGACCAGCCGGAAGAGAUGGUAUUCAGGGACCCGUGGGUCUGCCAGGACCUGGAGGACCUCCAGGACCACCAGGAGAGGAUGGAGACAAGGGAGAACUUGGAGAACCAGGACAGAAAGGAAGUAAAGGUGACAAAGGAGAACAUGGUCCUCCAGGUCCUACGGGCCCUCAAGGCCCCGUUGGAGCACCAGGUCCUGCUGGUGCAGAUGGAGAGCCAGGUCCCAGAGGUCAGCAGGGAAUGUUUGGCCAGAAGGGAGAUGAAGGGUCAAGAGGUUUCCCAGGACCUCCAGGCCCAGUUGGGCUGCAGGGCUUGCCUGGUCCACCUGGUGAGAAAGGUGAAACUGGAGACGUGGGUCAAAUGGGUCCACCUGGUCCUCCUGGUCCCAGAGGUCCUUCAGGUCCCCCAGGAGCCGACGGUCCUCAGGGACCCCCUGGUGGUGUUGGAAACCCUGGUGCUGUUGGAGAAAAGGGCGAUGCUGGUGAGACGGGAGAGCCAGGACUUCAGGGAGAAUUGGGUCCACCAGGUCCAAGAGGAGAGCGUGGAGAGAAGGGAGAGGCAGGUCCCGCUGGUGCUGCAGGACCUCCUGGCCCUAAAGGUCCACCUGGAGAUGAUGGCCCUAAGGGCAGCCCUGGUCCUAGUGGCUUCCCUGGAGACCCUGGGCCCCCUGGAGAGCCCGGUCCAGCUGGUUUAGAUGGUCCAGCUGGUGAUAAGGGAGACGAUGGAGAGGCCGGUCAGGCUGGUUCACCAGGACCCACUGGAGAAUCUGGUCCUUCUGGACCACCCGGAAAGAGAGGGCCUCCUGGAGCAACAGGGCCUGAGGGAAGACAAGGAGAGAAAGGAGCAAAGGGAGAGCCUGGCAUUGAAGGUUCCCAAGGAAAAACCGGCCCUGUGGGCCCUCAAGGAUCACCUGGAAAGCCUGGUUCUGAAGGACUAAGGGGUAUCCCUGGAGCAGUUGGUGAGCAAGGACUGCCUGGUUCUCCAGGCCCAGAUGGACCUCCUGGACCUAUGGGCCCUCCUGGUUUACCUGGUUUGAAAGGAGAUUCCGGUGUUAAAGGAGAGAAAGGCCAUCCAGGUCUCAUUGGUCUGAUUGGACCCCCAGGUGAACAGGGAGAAAAGGGCGACAGAGGUCUUCCCGGCCCUUCAGGAGGUUCUGGUCCCAAAGGAGAUACUGGCAUUGCUGGUCCUACAGGUCCCCUUGGUCCUGUUGGACCUCCCGGCUUACCUGGUCCUCCAGGUCCCAAAGGAGCCAAAGGGUCGUCUGGUCAAACAGGUCCAAAAGGAGAGACUGGUACCCCUGGUCCUCCUGGCGCUCCUGGCCCUCCUGGCGACGUCAUCCACCCACUCCCCAUUCAUGCUCCCAUUAAGGGCAGAACACGUAGAAACAUCGAUGCCAGCCAGAUGGUGGACGAUGCCGCCAUGGAUGCAAACUACAAGGACUACGACGAUGGCAUGGAGGAGAUCUUCGGGUCGCUCAACUCGCUGAAGCUAGAGAUCGAGCAGAUGAAGCAUCCGCUGGGCACACAGAGCAACCCGGCUCGCACCUGCAAGGACCUGCAGCUGUGCCACCCUGACUUCCCUGAUGGCGAAUACUGGAUUGAUCCAAACCAGGGUUGUUCGCGGGACUCCUUUAAGGUCUACUGCAACUUCACAGCAGGUGGAGAGAGUUGUAUCUUCCCAGAUAAGAAGUCUGAAGGGAGCAAAAUGGCAAAAUGGCCCAAAGACUCGCCAGGCACUUGGUAUAGUCACUACAAGAGAGGUUCGCUGCUUUCCUACGUAGACGCCGAGGGCAACCCCAUUGGCGUGGUCCAGAUGACUUUCCUCCGGCUCCUGAGCGCCGCGGCCCGACAGAACAUGACGUACAACUGCUACCAAUCAGUGGCAUGGCACAGCCAGGAGCAAGACAACUACGACAAGGCCAUCCGCUUCCUGGGCUCCAAUGAUGAGGAGAUGUCGUAUGACAACAACCCCUACAUCCGCGCCCUGGUCGAUGGCUGUGCGCUGAAAAAGGGCUACGAAAAGACAGUACUUGAGAUCAACACACCGAAGGUGGAGCAAGUGCCUUUUGUGGACAUCAUGUUCAACGAUUUUGGUGGUUCCACACAGAAGUUCGGAUUUGAAGUAGGACCCGUCUGUUACAUCGGCUGAGACCUUUCACCAAGCAAAUGGAGGAAAAAAAGAAAAAAAAACCUACUUUUGUUUUCUCAGAAAGAAAAAAAAACAAUUGAACAAUUGAAAAAUAACAGGACUUUGCUAUUUGUAAAAAACUGUUUCCAUAAAGCAACACGAGUCAAAUAGAAUUAUGUCAGGAAUACCAUGAAAAUCUAACGGAAAAGAGAAAAUUACCUCUAAACCUCAGUGUGCCUUCUUUAUCACAUGCACGUUUUGAAACUGGAAUUCGCUUCCUUCCUCCUACACACACAGUCUUAGCCCUAUGUCAUCACAUUUGAUUUUGAUUCUUUGGUCUGAAACAGCAAAGGCAAUCCUGAGAGCUACAGCCGUUCCAGACAGAUGCAGCAUUUGCUGCGACACCAUCCUAUUCGACUUCGUUUUGAUCUUAUGCCCCCAACCCUCCCCCUUUCAUCUCCCUGCCUUUUGCCACUUCUCUGUUCUUAGUUUUGUUUUCUUGUUUGUUCAUAAUUGUCUUCCCAUUCUCUUUGGAAUGGACAUUAUAUAUUUAUAUACAUAUAAAUAUAUAUGAGUAAUUUUUUUAUGUUUGUAAGUACAUUCUGUAUAUUUUUCCUGGUAAUGUUUAUUGCUUCUGGCUUCAAAACAUGCAUGUGACUGUACUAAUUGUGAGGUAGUUGAACAAGUAACAUCUAAAUUCAUAGAAACACAUCCAAAAUAAGGAUAUUUCAUUUGUAAAUUGAAAAGAAAAAACAAAACAGAAUUGGGAGUUCUGUCUUUGUGGAGCACACUUUUAUUUUUUGUAAUUUAAGAACAGAUUGGAAAUAAAAAACAAAAAUAAUCUCUGUGAUAUAAAGUACAAUACGUUCCUCAUUUUGUACCCUCUGAACCCCCCACCUUGGUGGAAAUGUAAUUAAGUUAAUAAACUGCUUCUGUACUUUUUGCUGAAAUAUUCAUCUUACUGUGCAGUGGAAGGUAAUGAAAAUACAAAGAAACCAAACCCUAGGUGCUAUUUUCUCUCCUCUGUGGUGCUAUGUAUUUUUUCUAGUUUGUGUUGUUUGAAUAAAAGAAAAACUUGUGCCAAUACUCCCAUCGCUCGGCAGCCCCCCGCUGACUCGAUUCCCGAGACGGAUCUCUGCUGCAGCUGCUUCCCUCCGUUUUAAGGUUUCUGCAUACCAUUUGUCCGUAUUACCACCUGCUCAAUGGACCGCACAGAUGAGACGUGCCUGAUACCAGACUGUACCAAAUGUUGGAAAGAUGGGAGAAAAAGACCCCCCCUAACCCCCGUUUUGGUUUUAAAUGCAGAUCCCCUGCUCCACAUUGGGCUGGGGAAGUUAGCAAAGUGGACAUGUUGUGAUGGGUCAAAAGGGAUAUAUCGCACCCUAUCCAAAGGAUUUUCACUUAAAUAUUCUGCUUUAAGUGACUUGAAGUCAUUUUUGUAUGAGAAAUAACCUGAAAAGUCACCAAAUUAGCCUUUCUAGAAAAUGUUUCUCAUGCUCUGUUGGUUUUCCUCAUGUCUUAAUGCUUUUUGUUCAAACUAUGCACUCUCUAUGCUUAUGACCACUAGUAUCUACCACAGAAUUCUUACCGCUCUUUAUACAUAGGUUUGUUUUGUUUCUUUUUUUUUUUUUUUAUCUUUAUGUGACUUGAACCCUUUCUGUUAAGAUAACUCAAUAUGCUUGUAGAUCUUUGGCUCUAUUGUUCACGGUGUUGCAGCACACCUACAUUUAUCACUUUGCUCUCAAUGAACCGGAAAAAAAGCAAACAAAAAAAAAACCAAAAAACUUUUCAUUUUGUAAAUUUCCAGAACUGGCAUCAAUGCUGCCGUUGCUUUGUUUUAUUUUGUAGAUUUCCAUUUGUAUUGUCUGUUUUUGUUUCCACAGCCUUGUCAAAAAAAGAAAAAAACCCUGUGUUUAAGGGUGAAGAGGAUAGAGGAUCAUAUUGGUUUUUAUGUCAAUAAAUUCAAGUUUACUGUGGCCAUCCACUCCUGUAUCUCUUUUGAAGCAUUAAAACCUAUCUGUAUGCAUGAAACUGUAAAGUUGUUUUCCUCGUGUUACAAGUUUGUUUGAGCCACAUGAUCUCCACUCGGCGCUCCGUUUCGUCAGGAUACAACCGUUUUGUGGUGCCACGGAUGGGACGAGAAAGGUCAUGUCCAAGUGUGUGAAGUGGAGGAAAACAUAAUGAUGAACUUGUAACUCUUACCAAAGCCAAUGUCCAUAUGUAGUAUAUUUAUUGUAAUAUUUAAAAUAAAAAAUAAAUGAUUAAUGAUACCAUA